UCUGACACACAAACUUAAAACCUCCAAUAAACCCUUGAUAUUCCAUAAACAAUUGUUGAUUGAAAAACUCACAAUCCCAUGCUCAAUGGCGGCCAGAAACAGAAAGCUUCUCCUUCAUCAAAAAGUUGAGGUGAGGAGCUUUGAGGAUGGGGGUUUUGGUUCGUGGCAUCCUGGUAAGGUGAUCGGCUGCAAGGAAUUGGUUCGUGUAGUGGAGUAUGAUCACCUUUUGUGUGUUGAUUGCCCUGCUAAGCUGGUUGAAGAAGUAAAAGUGACCCCUGCAAUUGAUGGGUUUCUUGAUGAAGAGAUUCAGAGACCUGGUGAGUAUAGGGGCUUGAUUAGGCCUUGUCCAGAAACACCGACUUUGGGUCUUGUGGGGGCACGGACUCUGCAAUAUGGAGCAUGUGUUGACUUGUUUCAUGGCGACGCCUGGUGGGAAGGUGUGGUGUUUGACAACAAAGAAGGGUGUGAGAGAAGAAGAAUUUUCUUUCCUGACUUGGGUGAUGAAGUCGAGGGCAAGGUUGAUGAUCUGCGUUUUAGUAAGGAUUGGGAUGAGGUCACUGAGAAAUGGAGACUUCGUGGGAACUGGUUGUUUCUUGAAUUAUUAGAGGAAUAUGAGCAAGAGUACCCUCGCCUUGUCUCUGUGCAGCAAAUCUGGUAUGAGGUGAGGACGAAGGAUGACUUUAAAAACCUUGGGGAGUGGACUUCCUCUAAACGGGAUGUAUGGAAACAAUUAUUGUCUCAGGUGCUCUAUGACAAUAUAAAGCAUGCUGUUGAGAAUCUCUUUAUGAACUUGCCCUGUAAAUCUGCGAAAAAACAAGGACAAACAUCAUUGAAAUUUCUGGAAAAAGAUUUUGAAUCUAUUCUAAAAUCCGAAGAACCUUUUCGUAGUUCUCUUGCAGCUACUGCACCCUUUGAAGAUCUCCAGUCUAAUGAUGAAGGAAUUCCGCAAACUGAUGUAAAUCAUGGAAGCAAUAAUCAGGUUCAGAUUGAGGACGAUCAAGUUCGCGUCUCAGUUAGCCCCACGGACGAACAAGUUUUGUCUCCUGAUCCAGAUGCAGAUUCUGGGAAUGGUUCAAGUAGUUAUGAUGAAUCUCAUAGUUUGAAAUUGAGACAAGGGAGACGUAAAAGUUCAACCAAGAUCAGAAGACUUAACUGGCAGUCUGCUGUACCUCAAUUGAUUCCGGGGCCUCAGCAAUGCCCUGAUGCAAUUGAUUCCUAUAAGGAGUAUUUGUCUGGAAAAGGUACUGCUCCAAAAGGUACUGCUCCUAAUGGGCUCUCAUUAGAUGUUAGCAAACAUCUACUGUAUCUGGGCUGGAAAAUUGAGUUUAGACGUACAUGUAUGGGAAAUUCGAAUAGGAAAUGCUAUAUUUCCCCCAAUGGGAAAACUUUUCAUUCACUUCCUGAGGUUUUCAAGAAGUUCCACAGUGACUUUGAGUUGGAACCCACAUCGCACGUUACUAUGCACCCAAACUACAACAUUGCAAGCUACAUGAGUUCAUAUGAAGAAACACCCUCACCUCCUGGGAAAUCCCAAGCUUCCAGAAACUUGUUCAAAUUGCCGUGCAUUACUGAUGAGAAGUUUGAAAUAGAAUCUAAAUAUUGUCCCAAAGCAGUGCGGGAUUAUUGCUCAUUAGCUUCAAAGUCUGCAGAAGGCAAAUUGAAAGGCAUGGAAGCAAGGAAACACUUGUCUGCACUUGGAUGGUCUUUUUAUCACCACAAUAAAGGACCAUACGGCUGGGAAAUACGUUAUAGGUCACCUACUGGAAAAAUGUUUUACUCUCUUCUUUCAGCCUGUAGAUGGUGUGUAAAAGCUGGUGCACUUACUUCCACUGACCCCUCUCGUGCCAUGGGAAGAGUCAUAAAUAGAGAUUUCAUCAACAAUUAUGAUGGCGAUUUAUCGACAAGUAAAUCACAUCUUCCGCGAAUGGCGGAUGAUUCCACUGUAAGUACGCAGUUUAAAUGA